UCAGCGAUGGAAAAGAAGAACAAAAUGGCUCCCUCGAAGAAAGGCAAAGCGAAGGCCAACUCGGCGCAAUCAACUCAGUCUCCGUCCCCUGUAAACGCCAAAUUCCCAGCAUGUAUCCGCCCCGUUCCUCCUUCCUCCGUCGCCGUCACCAUCCACGCUAAACCCGGUUCCAAACUCGCCACUAUCACCGAUUUCAACGAUGGGGCAUUAAGCGUGCAGAUUGACGCGCCGGCUAAGGAUGGUGAAGCUAACGCUGCGUUACUCGAUUACAUUAGCUCGGUAAGUCCUUCACCCUUAGUUAUGUAUUGCUUAAAUUUGCAAAAUUUAAGCAGAGAUUUUGAGAUUUUCGGCAAAAACUGCUCAGCACUGAGAUGAAACAUGGGUUUAUUAACCUAUGUGGACUGGAAACAUUAGCAAGAUCAUCGGAUGAUUGAAACGUGUGUGUGUUAUGUUUGUAUAGACUUAUGGAUAUUUGCAGCAUUGUGUCAAUGGAUGUCAAAACACAUUCUUAGCUUUGAAGCCAUUCGAUUAUUGGGAA